AUGCUGUCCGCCGCCAUUCAGAUCCUGGCGUUCGCCCUGGCGCUCCUGGGCGUCCUCGGCACCACCGUGGCCACCCUGCUACCCAACUGGAAGGUGAGCAUCAAUGCCUGGUCCAGCAUCAUGACCCCCAUCUCGCAGAUGCAGGGUCUGUGGAUGGACUGCGUCUGGUACAGCUCCGGGGUCUUCAGCUGCACCAUGAAGAACUCGGUGCUGUCGCUGCCGGCAUAUCUGCAGACCACGCGUGCCGCCAUGGUUCUGUCCUGUAUGGUGGCGUCGUUCGGGCUCUGCCUCGCCUCCCUGGGGCUGAAAUGUACCCGCUGGGGGGGCAGCCACCGAGCAAAGGGGCACACAGCCAUCGCUGCAGGGGGGUGCUUCGUUCUGGCCAGCUUCCUCUGCCUGGUCCCCGCGUCCUGGUUCACCAACGAAGUCAUCACCGCCUUCCUGACCACGGAUCUGCCGGAGAGCAGUAAAUAUCAGCCCGGAGGAGCACUGUGCGUGACGUUCAUCUCCGCUGGCUUCCUCCUGGCUGGAGGGGUAAUUUUUUGUUUGUCGUGUCCCGGAAAGAGAACACAACGACCGGACUACGCUUCCUCCGCCGACCCUGACAGAUUUCUCAUGUACCAGAGGCGGGAGCUGCAGCCGGAGCCGAAAAACAGGCAACACAAGAAGGUUCAGCUGCAGAUGGACGAAGUGAAGCCUCCUCAGAACAAACCAGAACAGAAUCUGGAGCACAAGGUCUACUCGUCUCCCUCCAAACUCCCCCAAAAAGACAUCAAGGACAGUUACAGCCUCCAGGAGUACGUCUAG